AUGGCACCGCCAAAAUGGGCUACCGCUGAGGAGGAGAAAUUCUUUGAGUUGCAUGCUGCCAAAUACCAAGUGUGUCAAGCAAAGUGUAACUAUACUGGAUUUUGGGAGCCAGUAUUCAAGGAAUGGUUCUCAAUGUUCCCGGAAUGGCUUCGUGUCUUCAAGGAUGUCCCUCUUGAUGUCAGAUUGACCAUUGAGCAAAAGACCGAGGUAGGCAAGGCUGUUGAGCACCAUCGACAGCAAAUUAUGAAUAAAUUUAAAAAUGACAUGGGCUCAUCUAAAGUGAACCGUCGCAUCAAAAACCAUAACCAUAAAAUGACGGCUACAGCAAGCACGUCCCUGGCACCGGCUGUGAAAAGUCAAAAGAGUAUGGUUGCUCAGAUAAUGGGUAGUACGAAGCAUGGUCGUGGUCCGCAGGUGAUGGAGGUGUUCUCAAAGCUUUUCUUCAAUGACAAGAUCAAACCUACUCUUGAUCUCGCUUUUGAGACAGCAAAAGCCGAAGCUGUGGCAAAGGCUGCAACUGAAAAUACAGAAGUCAAGAUGCCAUCAAAGUUAGCUGUUAUCAAAAAGCAAACCAACCUGCUGUAUCACUCAGCGUCUGAUGAGGUUAAACAACAAGUAGCGGGGUUCAUCGAGGAAGCCAAGAAAAAGAAGAAGAAAGGGUCGGAAGAGGUGAAGGGCACAGAGGUAGUCAACCAUCAAGUAUAUAUUGAUAAACUACCUGGUGUCCUCACUGAGUUCUUUGACGAGCUUCAGAGACUCACUGGUCUCAUUUUCACAGUUCUUAUAGGUGGCCCAACACCAGCAAUGGGUGGGCAGGUUGAUGUCCAGAGCUUUCAUGUUAGUGCAACUGAAAUUGGGAAUCAGUUUGAUCUUGCGUAUCCUGAGUUUAACUCAGGGAUCAUGCGGCCAUGGAAAGAAUUUGUUAAGUGUGUGUUUCUGGUCGCAGCAGCAAAGGGAGAAGGAAGUGUUUGGGGUGAGAGUUGA